AAAUUAAAAAUAUUACGAAACGCACAACUAUUAAAUUAGAUUUAAUUUAAACGAACAUUUGAAAGAAAAGUGAUAAUACGAAACCGUAGUAUGAGUUUGUAAUUAAUUAAAAAACAAAAAAAAACAAGAAGAAAUAAAAAUCAGAAAAACUUUUUAUUUGAAUAAAGUUUGUAUCUUAGAAAAGGGAUAUAAUAUUAGGUAACAUUAUAUUAAAUAAAAUUACGAAACGCGCGAAUGAAUUAGCUUUAAUUAAACAAAUAUUUCUGAAGAAAAAAAAAACAAAAAAAAAAAGGAAAAUUGUAAAGCUCGAUAAAAAAAAAUAUUAAAAAGUUCGUGAAAACAAAUUAAGUUUAAUUUAAAAAGAACAUGUCCAACAAUAAGUGAAAACACAAAAACAAUUUGAAUUUGUAAUUGAAAGAUAUUAAGAAAAGUUUUCAUUAUAAAAUUUGUAUCUUAAAAAAUAUAAUACAUUAGAUAUAAUUAGAUCGAAAGAUAUUAUAGAUAAAAGAAAAAAGAAAAAAGAAAAUGUCAAAUUCACCUGUUAUAAAAAAUGUACCACCCAGACCGAAAAUUACUUUACCAAUUCCGGGUCAAUAUGGACGUUAUCCACAAACACCUGUGGGAUAUACAUCAACACCCCCUUAUAGUCAGACACCUGUGCCUAUGACAUCCGUACCUAUGACACCCGUUUCUGGACAACCACAAGUUUUUUAUUCCAACAGAGCUAGCAAAUUUGUAUUCACCCAAUUUAAAGGAAUCAAAGAUUUUACUAAAUCCGGACUUAGCGUUGGGGAAAGAAGUGUUUUUUGGUUAUACGAAAAGUAUAGCAGGCGCUAUGAUUUUUAUUACCAUCGAAGGAACCAACGAGGAUAUAUUUCAUUUUAA